AUCGUAACUCUUCACAUGCCAACAACCUUCGCAUUAUCAUUCCCAUUCUCUAGAUUGUUCGAAGUGACUCUGUUUGAUUUCGAGAUGGCUCGUACCAAGCAAACCGCAAGGAAAUCCACCGGAGGCAAAGCCCCAAGAAAGCAGCUCGCAACGAAAGCAGCCAGAAAAUCCGCUCCGGCCACCGGCGGCGUGAAGAAGCCACACAGAUUCCGUCCAGGAACGGUGGCCUUGAGAGAGAUCAGGAAGUACCAGAAGAGCACUGAGCUUCUGAUCCGCAAGCUUCCUUUCCAGCGUCUGGUUCGUGAGAUCGCUCAGGAUUUCAAGACGGAUCUGAGGUUCCAGAGCAGCGCCGUCGCGGCUCUACAGGAAGCAGCCGAGGCUUACCUUGUUGGGUUAUUUGAGGACACCAAUCUCUGUGCGAUUCAUGCGAAGAGAGUCACUAUCAUGCCUAAGGAUAUCCAGCUCGCUAGGAGAAUCCGUGGUGAAAGAGCUUGAAGAGUUAUGCGAUCUGCUUCUCGGUUUUAACUUUCAUGUGUGUGUUAGUUAAUGCGUUGUUUAUGUCUAGCCUUUGUGUCCUGAAGGUGUUCGACGAAAUAUCCCAACGAGCAUAUCUCUUGUUUAAUAAAAACUUAUUUGAUACGUU